GCGGACGGCCGGAUUGCUCUGCUCGGGAGGCGGUGGCGGUUCCCGGCAGCGCGGCGCGGCGGUGGGAGGGAGACCAUGCGGAAAGUGGUGCUGGUCACCGGGGCCAGCAGUGGCGUUGGCCUCGCACUCUGCAAGCGGCUGCUGGAGGAGGACGAUGAGCUGCAUUUGUGUCUGGCGUGCAGGAACGUGGGCAAGGCGGAAGCUGUCCGCGGGGCGCUGCUGGCCUCUCACCCCGCUGCUGAGGUCAGCAUCGUGCAGGUGGAUGUCUGCAGCCUCCAGUCAGUCCUCCAGGCCGCCGGGGAGCUCAAGCAAAGGUUUCAGAGAUUAGACUAUGUCUAUCUGAAUGCUGGGAUCAUGCCCAACCCACAGCUAAACAUCAAAGCACUUUUCUCUGGCCUGUUUUCAAGAAAAGUGAUUCAUAUAUUCUCCACAGCUGAAGGACUGCUGACCCAGGAGGACAGAGUCACUGCCGACGGGCUCCAGGAGGUGUUCGAAACCAACGUCUUUGGCCACUUUAUUCUGAUUCGGGAACUGGAACCACUCCUCUGUCACAGUGACCAUCUUUCCCGGCUCAUCUGGACGUCAUCUCGCAAUGCAAGGAGAUCUAAUUUCCACCUUGAGGACAUCCAGCACCGCCGAGGCCAGGAGCCCUACAGCUCCUCCAAGUACGCCAUUGACCUAUUGAGUGUGGCGCUGAACCAGAACUUCAACCCGCGGGUGAGGCCCGGCUGGGGUCUGUAUUCCAGCGUGGUGUGCCCAGGGACAAUGGUGACCAAUUUGACCUGUGGAAUUCUCCCUCCCUUUUUGUGGACUCUGCUGCUGCCCAUCAUAUGGCUGAUUCGCUUUUUUGCAAAUGCUUUCACUUUGACGCCGGACAACGGAACAGAAGCCCUGGUAUGGCUUUUCCACCAAAAGCCGGAGUCUCUCAACCCUCUGACCAAGUACCUGAGCGCCACCACUGGCUUUGGAAGCAAUUACGUAACGACCCAGAAGAUGGACCUAGAUGAAGACACUGCUGAAAAAUUUUACCAAAACUUACUGGAACUGGAAAAGCAAGUUAGGGUCACCAUUCAAAAAAAACAAAUAAUCAGAGCUGAUGAUGGCACCCCCUGAAACACCGCAAACCUACCGUGGGAUAUUUGCUGGUAUCAGCAAUGGUUGGAAGUGGUUUGCAUAUGAAGACAAAAAUGCUAAAAUGUCUAGAUGUUUUUACCCUACCUAUAACCACUAUUCUUGGAAGAUAGUAAAGUGAGCAGAAUUUUGAAUGACUAAUAAAGGUGAAAAUUUAUAUAGAAAUAUAGUUUUUACACAUUCUAAGUAUGAAUUUUUGGUUACAGUUUCUCUUAUUUUGUUGGUAAAGAUAUUUUUAAUAAAGUUAAGCAUCCUGUAUGUGAAAA